AUGCGGUUCGAAAUUGGGCCUGUUGCGGCCAUCGUUGCUGUAUGCGCACCGCUAGUCAGCGCUGCUCCACCAGUCCACGCUGAUCAUGUUGUGAAGCCGCGAGCCCACAAGCCCAAUCGCAGCAGCUACAGCUUCUCCUCCAUGACGUCGACUCGUUAUGCGACCCCUCUGCCAACCUCGUCCCCGGUGACGACGUACAUGCCAGCGGCCUCGAUGAAAGCCAUCAUGCCGUCGGGUGUCAAGACCACCACGUGGAACAAGAAUGAAGCGAGUGCGUCGGACUGGGACAAUCCUUACGGCCAAGCUGAAUGGAACCGUCGCUGGGCUACUUUCAUGCCAAAUGUAUCCAUCUCAACUUUCAGCGUUACAACAACCGUUCAGGCCACUCCGGUGCCGUCUUCCUCUCUCGUCAUGCCACCGCCAGCCGGAUUCAGCUACAGCGAUGCGCCAAAUGCGAAAGAUUAUACCUUCCCCAAGGACUUUAUCGUUGGUGUGGCUUCAUCAGCGGGUCAGAUUGAAGGUGCUAUUCAGGACGAGGGUCGCACUCCUAGUGUUCUGGACUACUUCAACUUCAAUGCGGGCCAGGCUCCGGACUAUAUCACCGACUGGAACUACUAUUUCUAUAAGCAGGAUAUUGCACGCAUUGCUGCUAUGGGUGUUCCAUACUAUUCCUUCUCCAUCUCUUGGACUCGGAUUCUUCCGUUUGCCGGUGCUGGCACCCCCGUCAACAAGGAGGGUAUUGACCACUACAACGACCUUAUCAAUACCUGCCUCGAAUACGGUGUGAAGCCCAUGGUCACUAUCGUGCACGCUGACGAGCCGUAUGAGUUUGUGAUGGAUGGUGGAAACGUGACGAGAUCCUACCUUUCCACCAACUCUGGGGCUGCCAAUGGCACAUUUGUCGACUCAUUCGUCUACUACUCCAGGAUCUUGUUCGCCGAGUUCGGUGACCGCGUGCCUAUCUGGAUUACCAUCAACGAGCCCUACUAUGAAUCUGGUAAUCUCGAGGGUAUGUACAACUUCCUCGAGGCACACACCCAAGUCUACGACUUGUACAAGUCAAUGGGCGGCAAGGGAAUGGUAUCGUAUAAGAACGCCGACAACUUCGGCGUUCCACUGGAUCCCAACAACCAGGAAGAUGUGAAGGCUACCAACAGGUAUCAGGACUACCUUCUUGGUAUCAUGUCCAACCCAACCUGGCUGGGCAAGGACGUUCCCGAGAGCGUGACAUCGACCUGCACAAACGAGUCUCGCGCACUUUCUCCCGAGACCCUCGCCCGGUACAAGGGCAAGUCCGACUUCUACGCAGUUGACCCCUACACGGCGACCUUUGUCUUCCCACCGGAUGACGGUAUCGACGCCUGCGCCAAAGACCCGAACCAUUCCCUGUGGCCAAACUGUGUCAACACCACAUCAAUCAGCUCUAACGGAUGGGAAAUUGGCUUUUACUCCAACUCCUACCCCUAUCUCACCCCGAAGUACUUCCGCGCUUUCAUGAACUACAUUUGGGAUACAUACCAGCCGCAAGCGAUUAUGGUCUCCGAGUUCGGGUUCCCAGUCUUCGCCGAAGCUGAGGCGGAGCUGGCGUCGCAGCUGAAUGACCUGCCCCGCUCCUUGUACUAUGAAGCUUUCCUUACGGAAAUAUUGAACUGUAUCCAUGAGGACGGUAUCAACAUCAUUGGUGCCAUUGGGUGGAGUAUGCUUGACAACUGGGAGUUUGGCUCGUUCGAUGAGCACUAUGGCAUGCAGGUCGUCAAUCAGACCACCCAGGAGCGGUAUUUCAAGCGCUCUUUCUUUGAUUUUGUUGACUUCUUCCACUCACACGGUCUCUAA